GGCCGGUUUCCCUCCACAGAGAAGGUGGAGGCAAGCAGCGAUGGGUGCACUUCGCCCCCUUAUUCAUCCACCACCUCCAGCCUGGCAAGAAGCUCUUUGCUCCCUCCCUUGCAGCAACCGCCACCUUCUCUCCAAGGACCCUUUACGAGACGGGGGGGGGAAGGAGGGGGGGCUUUGCUCUGGAGGACAAACCCCUCUCCCCCCUCCUCCCCACAUUUGCUUCCUCUCUAGGAAUCUCCCUCCAUCGGCUCCUUUAACCGUUUAGAAGACCAAGUGUCAAAGUGUUCGGGAAUCCAAGGCUGCAAUCUGAACGCAGAUUGGAAUAAUAUAAGAAGUGAAAGCAGCAAUAAAACACAAUUAAAACUCAUACAGCAACUCGCACAGCGCAUGACAGUUGCUACCACAAGCAAGAAAAAAAACUUCUGGGGACGUCUGAGGCUGCAGCAGUGCAUUUCAGUAAGAGGAUCCUGCUGGACCCAGAUCAAAGGGCACUGCACAGGGAAACCAUGGAGGAGAAAUCGGGAAUAGAGACCUGUCUGGGACAUUGUGGGAGGGAGAGUGAGAAUGAAGGAGAACCAUACAGGGAAUUGUUAGACAGAACCCGACGUGAAGAGGAGGAAGAGCAAAGAAUACAACCUGAAGCAAAACAGAAGAUAAAUGAAUCCUCUGCCUGCCAGAGUGCUGAGAUCUCUGAAAUCCCAGUCCAAGAAAACAUGGACAAGGGAGAGGAAAAGAAUCAGUGUCUUGUGUGUGGGGAAAUCUUCACUUGUAAAUCAAGCCAUAUGUCUCACUGGAAAAUCCACACAGGGGAGAAACCAUUUAAAUGCUCAGACUGUAACAAAACAUUCAGUGAUAAAUCAACCCUGAGAAAACAUCUGAGAACCCACACUGGGGAGAAACCAUAUAAAUGCUUGGAGUGUGGACAGAGCUUCAGUCAGAGCACCAGCCUCACUUCCCAUCGCAGGAUCCACACUGGGGAGAAACCAUAUAAAUGCCUGGAGUGUGGAAAGAGUUUCAGUACUUGCAAAUACCUCACUAUCCAUCAGAGAAUCCACACUGGAGAGAAACCAUUUAAAUGCUUGGAGUGUGGAAAGAGCUUUAAUAGGAGAGAUGCCCUUACUUCACAUCAAAAAAUCCACACAGGAGAGAAACCUUAUAAAUGCUUGGAGUGCGGAAAGUGCUUCAGUAACAGCAAAUACCUAACUUCUCAUCAAAGAAUUCACACUGGUGAAAAAGCAUUUAAAUGUAUGGAAUGUGGGAAGGAUUUUAAUAAGAGGGAUGGCCUAAUUGCACAUCAAAAUAUUCACAAAGGGGAAAAACCAUACAAAUGCUUGGAGUGCGGAAAGAGCUUCAGUAGCAGCAAGUACCUCACUUCCCAUCAAAGAAUCCACACUGGAGAAAAACCAUUUAAAUGCCUGGAGUGUGGAAAGAGCUUCAGACAGAAGAUAAACCUCACUACACAUCAAAGAAUUCAUACAGGGGAGAAACCAUAUCAAUGCUUGAAUUGUGGAAAAAGUUUUAGUCAGCAGACUAACCUCACUGCACACCAAAAAAUUCACACGGGGGAAAAACCAUAUAAAUGCUUGGAGUGCGGGAAGAAGUUUAAUCACAGCACAAGCCUUACUUACCAUCAACAACUUCACACAGGGGAGAAACCAUAUACAUGCUUGGAGUGUGGAAAGAGCUUCAGUACAAGCGCCAGCCUUACUUCACAUCAAAUUAUCCACACGGGGGAGAAGCCGUAUAAAUGUGUGGAGUGUGGAAAGAGGUUUAGCGAUAGCAGAAACCUCCGUUCACAUCAAAGAAUCCACACAGGGGAGAAGCCAUAUGAAUGUUUGGAGUGUGGAAAGAGAUUUAGUCAUAGAACCAACCACAGUUCACAUCUAAAAAUCCACACCGGGGAGAAAUCUUUUAAGUGUUUGGAGUGUGGAAAGAGCUUCUUUUUCAGCACCAGCCUAAUUUCACAUCAAACUCUCCAUACAGGGGAGAAACCAUAUAAUUGCUUGGAAUGUGGGAAGAACUUUAGUAGUAGCAAAUACCUCACUGCUCAUCAACGAAUUCACACCAGAGGGAAACCAUUUAAAUGUUCAGAGUGCGGAAAGAGCUUCCGUCAGAGUUCAGAUUUCACUUCCCAUCAAAGAACCCACACAGGGGAGAAACCAUAUAAAUGCUUGGAGUGUGGAAAGAGGUUCAGUACUAGCAAAUACCUCACUUCCCAUCAACGAAUUCACAGUGGGGAGAAACCGUAUAAAUGCUCUGAGUGUGGAAAGAACUUCACUCACAAGACAAACCUCACUAAACACCAGAGAAUCCACAUAGUGGAGAAACGAUAGAACUGUUAAGGAGUGUAGAAUUUGUUUCAUUCAAAAUACAUUCCUGGGGUCGGUUUUGGAGUCACUGAUAAUGAAUGUAGUAGAUCUUAAUCCAAGAUGGAGGUACUAUUGCUUGGGGUUCUGAUGAUCCUCUUUGGGAUGGAAUUGUUCUUUCUCUGCAGAAGCAUGUCUGAAGCUUAGGGAUGUCCUUAGAUCCGGUCCCGCUGCUGAAGAGUUAUGAGUGGCAGUGGAAAGGAUUACCUUAUACCAGCCUUUCCCAACCAGUGUGCCUCCAGAUGUUGUUGGACCACAACUCCC